AUUUAUUAAUCCAUUAUGGACUUUACAGGUUAAUUCAGACUCGAUGAGGAUUCUUUGAAUUUCAAUGUAUUUCAGACACCUGUAAAGGGUACUAUUAAAGGUAUAAAAUCUUAACACUUACAUCAUGAAUUGAUUCAAUUAAUCCAUAUAUAAACGCGCACUAAUUUUGGCGCUUAUACUAUAAUUUGGUGGCAAAUUUAUUUAUUUUAGAUUUUGAAGACCCCUGCGAUUCUCAAGCAAAUACUAAUAAGAAAUUGUUUGUCCAGAGCGAGCCAUUUGAAAUUAGCAAAAUUUAAUUUAAUUCUCCAAAAUCAUUGAAAAAAUGGAGUCUGAAGUACAUAAGCAAGAGAGUGGAAAAGGAACUCCAAAAUCAAACUGUCGGAUACUCAGAAAUAUGCCAAAAGCUAACGGACGAGAUGACAAAGGAAAUGGAGGGCCAUUAAGAUUAUGGAUUAAAAGAUGUCAAAAAUUUAAGAAGGAGAGUUUACGAUGCUUUAAAUGUCAUGAUUUCAGUUGGAAUAGUAGUUAAGGAGAAGAAAAUGAUGAGAAAGAAUACAUAAAACUAAGUCAACAUAACAAAAUAGAAUUUGAUAAUUCGAAAAGUAUAUUUAAUUAUUUAAUUUAACAGUAAAAAUUAAAGGAAUUAUUAUUAUAAAAGAAAGAAUAGUUAACAAGCUCUAUAAAAAAGCAUGAAGCACUCCAAAAUUUUAUUAGGUUUAAUAAAGAAAGGGAAAUCAAUGAAUAAGACAAAAUUAAGUUCCCCUUUCUAUUAAUAAAAACCCAAUUGACAAAUUCAGAAGAAGUAAAAUCUAAUAUUAAUUUUAGGAAGAAUUAAUCUUGGAAUCCCACAAAUCUAUGGAUUACUUGAAAGUGUUGAGUAAGAAUAAAUUAUAGAUUUUUGGAAUCCUAAGUAUUGCCUAAUAAUUGUUUCAAAAUUAAUAAACUAAAAAUUGA